AUGUUACCGGAAGAAGAGCAACCUUUUGUCGGCAAGCUGUAUCGUAGACGUUGGGCUAUGCUGUUCCUGUUCGCUUUGAGUUCUGCAUGCAACGCAUAUCACUGGAUACAUUUGAGCAUUAUAUCGGAUCGUGUGCUUUUUGUCUGGGGUGCAUCUAUUCCAGGUGCCACACCAUCCGACCGUCAACUCAGUGUGGAUUGGCUCUCGCUGAUCUAUCUGUUGACCUAUCUUCCGCUUAUCGUUCCGGCCAUGUGGCUGCUGAACCGUUUCGGUUUGCGACUGUCCAUCUCACUGGCUGUGAUUAUAAUCGCAGUCGGUGCAUGGCUUAAGUGCCUUUCUGGAGCGUUUGCAGUGAAUCCGAACACAUCCGGCCGAUUGACACUCCGUGAUGCCUCAGCAUUCCCGAUUCUCAUGCUCGCUCAAACAUUAGAAGCCAUCGCCCAGGUGUUUAUACUCGGAGUUCCCGCCCAGUUAGCCUCCACUUGGUUUGGGGAAAAGGAGGUUAGCACAGCGACUUCGAUUGGCGUGCUCGCGAAUCAGCUUGGCGUCGCUCUUGGCUUCGGUAUACCUCCGGUAAUUGUGCCAGCUGCGUCGGAAGAUCCCGCUGUUGCGUCGAACGAGUUCACCGACAUUCACCAACGAAUGAUGUAUUUUUUAUAUGGAAGUGCCGCGUUCAGCACCCUUCCUUUGAUACCCGUCCUGAUCUUUUUCCGCUCCGAACCGAGGAUUGCGCCAACAUAUUCGCAACACAAACGGAGAGUAAUAGACAUCAAAUCGAAAACAAAAUUUCAAUCCGAAGAUAUCGAUGAGCACGUUUCUUCGCAAGCACUGGGCUCCCACUUGCUGGUCGAUGGUAUCCACGCCAACGGUAAACUAGCAUCCAGCAUUAACGUCGAUGAGGAUAAACCAUACCCUUCGACUUCCUCCUCCAGUAUCGGAGAUACAGUAUUGAAAACCAACGAACUGGAUCAGAAACCUGUCAUGGAUGACGAGCAUGAUACUCGGUCUUUGUCCACUUCACAGACUAACCUGUGCGCAGACCAGAUGAGCUUCAAGGAACAACUCAAGAAUUCUCUAACUAAUGUGAACUAUGUCCUACUGGUCAUUAGUUAUGGAAUUGACACUGGAGUAUACUACGCAUUGGGGACUUUGCUCAACGUGAUCUUGCAGGCUUACUUUGUGGCGGACGCUCAUAUUGGAUGGAUUGGAUUCACUAUGGUCGUCUCCGGCAUCCUCGGCUCUGUGGUAGUUGGAAUUAUCCUGGACAAAACAAAGAAAUUCAGGCAUGCCAAGGAUAUUAUCAUCAUGUGUUGUGGUGUCUCUCUGUUCAGUCUGCUACAUCGGUUCUUCUGGUUUCUCCUACUCUUGAUCCCUUGCCGGUUCCUGCAUCUGCUAUGGGUCCAUAUCCUAUCCCCCUGGAUCUUCGAUCCGAACCAGGGUCCCCAGGUGAACGAGAAAAAACAACAGAAGUUGGAGCGAAAAAUGCGCCGUAUCGGUCACCUUGCUCAUGGAUCCACUGCAAAGUCUCGUGGUUAG